AUGCAGCGGAACCAGACCGGACUUCUGUUGGUGUUCGAGACUGUCAAACAGGAGGACGUGGGAGGGUACUUUUGCACUGCAACCGGCAUGGACGGACGUGGUCAUUCCAUUAGCAUCACUCUGACCGUGACCAAAAUAUUGGAAUUCGACACGCCCGUCGAACAGAUCACUAACGAGUACACCGACUACUUCAUAAGUUGCAGGGUGAAAGGCACCACGAGCCCCACAUUUAUGUGGUCGUACAACGGGCAGACGUUAAAAGAAAAAACGACAAGUGGAAAGUAUUCGGUCACCGAAGGCGGGCUGAUUGUGCGGAACGUGACACACCUGGAUUCGGGUAAAUACACUUGCAGAGCUUUCGAGACGACUAACAAGUCAAGUGUUUCCGGAAGUACUGUAAUCGAAUUAAAAGUCAGACACAAACCGGUAUUUUUGAACUUCAUGGAAGGCGAUCCCGUUGACCUGUACGUCUUCCAAUCCGACUCGGUUAAUUUAUCGUGUCAGAAUUCAGCCGAACCGGCGGCAAACAUGACGUGGAGUUUCAACGGAAAAUUCUUCAUCAACCCGGCCGACAACUACGUCGUGACGUUCAACAGACCGGAAAAGUUGGGAUCGUACACGUGCACGGCCUCGAAUAAUUUGGGCAAAAUCACCAGACGGUUCAACCUGAUCGAAGGGUUCAAGCCGAAAACGCCCAAAGGUCUGUCGGCGGCGCGUGUCGGCGACAACUACAUCGAACUGCAAGUGGAUCCCAACGACAAAGGGGACGAGUUGAUUGGCUACAGAGUCGAGUACGUGACGAGAGUCGUGGAACCCAGCGGAAAUACUUUCGAAAGUUUCGACAUGAUGAACUUCAAUACUACCGAAGGUCCUUUUGCACUAGUCAACCUCAAGCCGAACACCGAAUACAUAACGAAAAUCCUGGCAAGGAACCGAGCCGGUAACAGCGAAUACACCGAACCGAUAGUGGUGAGGACUUCGCCUGAGAUCGUCAACAGCGGCGCAGUGGCGUCCCUCUCCGGCGGGUUCCCCCUCGGACAGCUCCUGACCGUCAUCGCUGGCGCCGGCGCCUUGUUCGCGGCCAGACUAUAA